AUGCCCUGUUCCAGUUUUGUUAACAGCCAUUCAGUGACUGUGGCAAUUGUGGUUUUGGCUGGUAUUGAAUGGGUCUUGGCUGGAGCCUAUCGCAGUAGUCCAAUUUAUGCAGCGCCAUCAGCCGUGCAAGAGAUUGAAUAUGGUGGAGCAACGGCAUAUGGUUAUGGUGCACCUGAGUCACCACCACCAGCAGCAACAACAAUAACAAAGAAAUCACAAGCAUUUGAAAUUGUUAACCAAUGGAAAUAUUUGGAUUUUGAAUAUCCCACCUUUGGACAAAGACAAAAGGCUAUUGCCAAUAGAGAAUUUAUAGCUGAAAAUAAUCUACCCUUGGGUGUGGACUUCUAUAAAGAUCGCAUUUUCAUUACCACACCUCGUUGGAAGGACGGUGUACCGGCCAGUUUUGGUUGGUUACCCUAUCCCCCGAAGGAAGAAAGUCCUCCAAUACGCCCCUACCCAGAUUGGGAAUCCCAUGGUGAUCCCUACAACCCCGAUUGUGAAAAACUAAUAUCCGUUUAUCGUACCCAAAUCGAUGAUUGUGGUCGUAUAUGGUUAAUUGAUUCGGGUAUUGUUAAUGCCACAGUCAGCCUAAGCCAGGUGUGUCCACCAAAAAUUGUGGCCUAUGAUUUGGCCACAAAUCAAAAAGUAGUACAAUAUCAAUUCCCACCGGAUCAAGUGAAGCAGGACAGUUUACAUUCGAAUAUUAUCGUUGAUGUUCAUCGUAAUCGUUGUGAUGAUGCCCAUGCCUAUGUUACGGAUGUCUGGCGUUUCGGGAUUGUUGUCUAUAGCCUGAAAAAGAAUCGCAGCUGGCGUGUAACCAAUUACAACUUCUCACCUGAUCCUGUGGCCUCAGAUUUCAAUGUAUUUGGUUUGAAUUUCCAAUGGUUGGAUGGUGUGUUUGGCAUGAGUUUGUCAUUGGCCAAGACACCGGAUGAGGAGCGCAUUUUAUAUUUCCAUCCUAUGGCUAGUUUUAAGGAAUUUGUUGUCUCCAAUGCUUUGCUCAAGGACGAAAGCUUGUGGCCCGCCAAGGCCCAGGAUUUGGCCAAAUAUUUCCUACCAAUUGGUGAACGUGGUGUCAAUGGUCAAUCUUCCACCUCUGGCAUUGAUCGCAACGGUGUUAUGUUCUUCACUCAGGUACAUCGUGACGAUGUGGGCUGUUGGAACACCAAGAAACCCUAUGAUGGCAACAAUCUUCAUCGUUUCUUAGAGGCCGAAGGCAAUAGCACUCUAAUUCAAUUCCCGAAUGAUUUAAAAGUCGAUCGUGAACCGAGACAAAGUGUUUGGGUGAUAAGUAACCGCCUGCCCGUCUAUCUUUAUAGUCAGCUAAAUUAUGAAGAGAUUAAUUUCCGAAUUUUAAAAGCUGAUACCGAGACUUUAGUUCAGGGUACAGUUUGUGAUACGCGUAGUUAUGGACAUCCUCAAAACCCCCACAGUCAUCAUCAACAUCGCCAGCAUCAUGGAUAUCAACAUGAACUAGUGCCAGAGUAUCUAUUUCAUUGA